GACGUCGAGCUGUAUAUUUAAUGCUUGCUAAAUCGGUAUUGCUGGUAUAAGGUGGAAAUAGUACGGAGAGAUCAGUCGUGUGGCCUAUCUUCAAAAUGUUUGUAAAAUCGUUGGUGGCUCUUGCCUUUGUAGGUUUAGUUAGCUCAAGUGCUGUACCCCUAACAAAAUGCAAGAUAGACGACUCCAAAUGCAUCAAACAGAACACUGAAGUCCUGAUCCCUCUGUUCGCUGCCGGAAUCCCGGAUCUUGGCAUCGAGCAGUUGGACCCCGUCUCAUUCAAGAAAAUGGACUCUAGCAGCGAUUUGCUGAAACUGGUCUUCAAAGAUGCCACCCUUAAAGGACUGAGCACGUGCAGAUUCAAGAGUAUUAAACGCGACGCUACCAAGUUGAGCGCCAAAAUCCACUGCGAUGUCUCCCUGGACGGCAAGUACGACAUGAAGGGACAAAUCCUGGGUCUCCCCAUCAACGGUGACGGAAACAUGCACAUCGAGCACGAAAAGGUUGAGAUCACCUUCGAACUGAGCUACAAGGAAGAAACAGGUGCUGACGGCAAGAAGCACUGGAACACUGGCGCGUGGACGCACACUUUCGCGUAUAAGGGCAAGACCAAGAUGGAGUUCGACAACCUCUUCGGUGGAAACGAAAUUUUAGGCCGCGCCGCCCGCGAACUCAUGAAGACCAGCGCCAACGACAUAGCGAGCAUCACCGCCGGACCUGUGAUCAAAACAAUCACUGCCAGAAUUCUGAAAAACGUCAAGAUCUUCUUCGAGAAAGUGCCAGUGGAAGAUUUUGUUCUGGAAUAAAUGGCUUAAUUAGAUAAUUAGCUAUAGGGAAUUGUCGUAACUGGAGCGACUUCGCGACAUAUAUAAAGCUGUCGUUUUUCGCCGAUCUGUUUGUCAAAAUGGCUCGUGCGACUGUCGGUUCAGUUAGGACAAUAGGUUCCUCUUUUAUGUACGAUUAAGGAAUUUAAUUUCAGUACCAUUUCGUACGGUACGUAGGUUUGCACGAACACUCGCGUUAACACACGACAACUUGUGAGUUGGAUAGGGACUAGUAUGAGGUGCAGCGACUUUCAUAUUAGUUGUCAAUGUUGUCAUUGUGACAAGAUACGAAAUCGUACUGAAAUUAAAUUAUUUUACUGUACAUGUCAUGCGGUGCGUACACAAUAUCGAUUUAUGAAACAUCAGGCAAUGAAAACAUGACCUUUGGACAAAAACGCUAUUGUAGUCAUACCCCGGGGAUGCGGUAAUGUUUUACACUAUCCAAAAAAAUAGGUAAAACUGUAACAGAUAAUAGGUAUUUUAACAUUCCUAAGCACAUUUGGAGCUUAAACUAUUUUUAAUUCAGUGUGACUAUUUAAAACUAAACAAAGUUAAGUAGUAGUCUAAGUAGUAGUGUGACUACUUAAAAAACACAAAUCAAAAUAUUUAAUACAAUAAUUUGAUUUGUUCCCAAACUUGUUCAUAGAUGGCAGCACCAGUCUCUCUCGCUACAACGUAAAUCCGUAAGGAGUUCGUUUAGGAGGUGCAAGCGCGCACUGCUUGCCCUUAGAGCUGGUCAAAGACGCCUAGUCUUACUAAGAUGGCAUAUAGUCGAGAAAUUCGGACGGGCACCGCCGUGGCGGGCUGGCCUAGGAGUUCAUGGCGUUAGCCGCGAUAGCUAAAGACGCCGGUUCGAAUCCGGCCUUCACCACUGGAGGGCUUCGUCACUUUUUCUUUAAUAUAUGACAUCUAUUACAAUUUUUAAACAAAGUUAUAAAUACCUUCACGAUUCAUUCCCGCUCCCAAAACCCCAGGGCAUGCUAAAAUUGAUUCUGCUUUAUCGCAAAACUAGGAGAUCUAAGCGUAAACCUAAAUAUGGAAACAAUUAUAAUUGCGACUCGAAAGUCUGCCCGAUUUAUGUAGUAAUCCUACACGAUCCGAUCGGAUAACUGGGUUUAACCUUGGAAAUACAAAAAAUGCCAUUUGAAUUUGAAAUCAAUAUUGAAGGAAAUAUGGUUGAAUUUCUUUUGUUUUGAAAUCGAACGAAACAAAAGAUAUGUAGCUCUGUUACAUUUAAAAAUAGUUUUAAUUACAUUGAAGUAAUUAGUAUUACUGGAAGGACCGUGGACCUUACAAGGUAAAAAUAAUGACAACUAGUGGAGUGCAUUUAGUCAGGGAGAUGAAGUGGACACAAUGGUUAAUUUCUUCUCAAUGACAAAGAUGUCACAAGCUGUAUGUAAAUUACAAAUAGCCAGACUUAAGGGCCGAUAUAGGACUGCAUUCCAACUAAACUUUGCAGUCGAAAUGCAGUUGGUAUAUACCUCUGCCCUUCCGCGAAAUAUGAAGAUCGAAAUUUCUUUAUCCGCCUCUCUAUCGCUCGACUCUGCAAGAGCGAAAGAGAGGCAGAUAACGAAAUUUGGAUUUUCGUUUUUCGCGGGUCUUUAGACCCUUAGUUUCUGCAUGUCUGUAUAGUAUAAAGCAAUGCUGUUAUGUACAUUCUGUUUUUUUUUUUUCUUCACUAUAAUGUACUACGCCAUAGUCGCCAUACAUUUUAUAUGCAAGAAACAAAUAAGUGUGCAAUAGUAUUUCCUAUGGGCAGUACUUGAUAGUAAAAAAAAGACUGUAUGUAGUACACUCGAGGUUUCAAGUACUAAACUCGUGUAAAUCGGACGGUAUUCUUGGUACUUGCCGAGAACUGAAAUGAGAUAUGUCAAGACGGUUUUUUAUAUAUUUUUUUAUGAUUAAAAACUUUUGAAAACUUC